UCAACCAUUAUAGCUGGCGUCGACCCGCUUUGUGAUACGAAUGAACACGAAGAAGAAGGCAUGCAGCGAAAAUACAAAAGAGAAGAGCAAAGAUUCCCGACCCAGAGCAUGUUAUUGACUCAACCACAAGGUUGUUGAAUGAAGGUAACUUGCUUACUCUCAGUCACUAGUUAGAAGAAAAUCCCUUGACUUCGCUUAUGCCCUUAUGCAAUAAAUAAAGCAAAUGAAGCGGGCUAAGAUUCCAUUCAAAGUAAGAUAACAUGAUUCGAUGUUGCACCAUCUUCAACUCUUCUUGGGAUCCGAAGUUUUAUUUUUCAAGAAAAGGUCCUAUCCUUCAAUAUCAUGAUUGGGUCGACUAGGCCAUAUCAUGAUUAAAUAGAAAAUCGAAAACGUACAUAGCUGUUCCAGCUGAAAUACUUGGAAUAAUUCUACCACUUUUACUAAGAGUAGCCUUUUUAGUGCUAGAUGAACGUAAAGUAAUGGCUUUUGUGCAACGUCGAAAGGGUCCUGAUGUAGUGGGAUCAUUCGGAUUGUUACAACCUCUAGCAUAUGGUUUGAAAUUGAUUCUAAAAGAACCUAUUUCACCAAGUAGUGCUAAUUUCUCCCUUUUUAGAAUGGCUCCAGUGGCUACAUUUAUGUUAAGUCUGGUCGCUUGGGCCGUUGUACCUUUUGAUUAUGGUAUGGUAUUGUCAGAUUCGAACAUAGGGCUACUUUAUUUGUUUGCCAUAUCUUCGUUAGGUGUUUAUGGAAUUAUUAUAGCAGGUCAGUCUAGUAAUUAGGGGGUGGCCAUUCGGUCGCCUAUGAUACUAGGACCAAUAGGUCAAAAAUGGGUUUGUGUCGCAGGUGUUGAACGAUCUACUCUACACAGGUGUGGGCUUACAGGGGUAGGGCUCAUAAACCUUUUCUUUCAUUCAUCAAUAAGGCCCUGGUCGGUUACUUUCCGGGUCGGGAUCGAUAAGUAUAAGUCAUAAAAAAAGAAAUUUCUCUUCGCACCUCAGAUCAAGAGCUUGUCAAGCUGGCCUAUAUAUAAUAUAAAGAAAAAGAUUCAUUGUCUUUUAACCGGUUGUUCUUCUUUGUCAACGCUACUAAGGACCUAUGGGUUCGCUUACUUGACUUAUGAAAGAUAAUGAGAAUGGCUUAUUCAAAAAGGAAAAGGCGCUACUAUAUAAGACAUUAGUAGAAGUAAGAGGCUGAGUUAGCCUAGCCUACUAAUGUCUUGUAUUGUAGGGUAUAGUAUAGUAGGCGAGCGAGUUAGCGAAGACGCUUAGGCUAAUAGAUAAGAGAGCAUCGGUGUGUAGCCUUCAUUCAACUACGCUACGAAAAGGUUACGAAGUCACUUAGCCUGUCGUUAGGAAAGUCAAGGGGGAACGCCAUACAUACAUAGAAGAACCGCUGUUCGUUGAUUUUUUAAGGUCUAAUCUUUCGCUCCUCUACUGAAAAAGGGCAAAACUGCUUCGUACCACU